AUGGGGUCACUCGGGUCACUCAACCAGACGGAUGGUCACGAUCUGGCAAUUGCACCAUCCUUAGUAUCUAGUGAUUGUGACAAGAAAUAUGACGGCAUUUUUGAACAAGCAACCCAGCGCUUCGGUUUGAACCGAAAUAAAAUUGAGAAUAUCCUGCCAUGUACGCCCUUUCAACGCGACGUCAUGGAUUGUGCUGCCGAUGAUGGGAGGCGUGCUAUUGGCCACGUCGUCUACGAAAUCUCAAGUAAUAUUGAUACUCAACGCUUGACCGCAGCUUGGAAAGAGGUUGUGCGCCAAACACCAGCCUUGAGGACUUGCCUAUUUGCCUCCAAAUUUGGAAGCUCCUUUCAGGUUGUGUUGACAGAAAGCUUCUUUUCGUGGAUGCACUCGACAUCGAUCGGCAUUAAGGAAGAGGUGGUGCAAGAUGAGGCAGCUGCUGCUAUGAUGGGGCCGCGUAGCAAUCGAUAUGUUGUUCUCGAGGACCCAACUACGAAGCAAAGACUGCUCAUCUGGACAUUUAGCCAUGCCCUAGUGGACAAAACCCUACAGGAACGCAUCCUUAGACGGGUUCAUACAGCCUACGAGGGCAGAAAAAUUCAAUGCUCCAGCCGGAUUGAAUUGGCACCCAACCCUUCCACCAGGGACAUGGAACGUGCUGCUCGGUUUUGGCAGCAACAUUUUAAUGGCUUGGAUGCCACCGUAUUUCCCCCUCUCCCUUCUCAUAUUGAUGUGGCCUAUCCCAAUACACAUGCAGAACACCGUAUCUCAUACCUGGGCCAAGAACAGAAGAAGUGGUCCAACACGGCUGUCUGUCGAGCCGCCCUCGCAGUUCUUCUAUCUCGCUUCACACAAUCUCCAGAGGCCAUUUUUGGCGUUGUGACGGAGCAACCUCGCACACUCGAAGAGCAAGGCGGCCUAAUUGAUGGUCCAACGCGGACGGUAGUGCCCAUACGCGUGCAUUGCGCCUCUGAUCAAUCCGUGUCGGAGGUCAUGGGGGCAAUCACUGCACACGAUCAUGCUAUGCGCGAGUUUGAACGGGCUGGUCUCGACAAUAUCCGCCGCACUGGAGAUGAUGGUUCCGCCGCUUGUGGAUUCCAAACCGUGCUCCUGGUCACUGAUGGUGGCGCUUCGCAGACGCCUAGUUAUGGACUUCAUCGAAGUGUAGAAGAAUCAGACAGAUUUGUGCCCUGCACCAAUCGUGCUCUUCUACUAGACUGCCAGAUGGCUAAUGACUCGGCAUUACUGGUCGCACGAUAUGAUCAGAGUGUAAUUGACCCACGCCAGAUGCCUCGUUUUCUGAGACAGUUGGGAGGCUUGAUCCGGCAGUUUCAGAGCUCUGCAGCCGAUCUGCCUUUGAUAGGACAGCUUGAUGUUGUGACGCAAGAGGACAAAGCAGAGAUCGAGAGUUGGAAUUCCGAACGCCUGCAGAUAAAUGAUGCCUUGAUCCACGACGUGAUAUUCAGGUGGGCUGCUGAUACUCCAGAUAGAGCAGCAGUUUCCGCUUGGGAUGGAGAAUGGACUUAUACCGAGCUGGACAGUGUAUCCUUACGCCUCGCAGUACAUAUCCAAUCUAUAGAAUUGGGCCAAGGGCUGAGGGUAAUACCACUCUGCUUCGAGAAGUCGAAAUGGGUCAUCGCUGGAAUACUUGCCGUACUUAAAGCUGGUCGGGCAUUCGCGCUCAUCGACCCACGCGAUCCACCGGCCAGGAUGGCUCAGGUCUGUCGACAAACUUCCGCCAUGGUCGCUCUCACUUCCAAGCUUCACAUCAACACCAUCGGCGCCGUCGUUGAUCGCUGCAUUGUGAUCGAUGAUGACUUUCUUCAGUCACUUUCCUGCGAUGAAGACCAACUUAAACACACCGUGAAACCUCAAGACUUGGCCUAUGCUAUUUUUACUUCUGGCAGCACUGGAGAGCCAAAAGGCAUUAUGAUUGAGCAUCGGGCAUUUUCAUCUUGUGCUAUCAAAUUUGGCCCUACACUAGGGAUCAACAACCACACGCGCGCUCUUCAAUUCGCGUCAUAUGCGUUCGGUGCGUGUCUGGUGGAAACCAUGACAACUCUGAUACAAGGCGGCUGCGUUUGCAUUCCUUCUGAUGACGAUCGUAUGAAUAAUGUUCCAGAUUUCAUCACAAGGUGCCAAGUUAACUGGGCUAUACUGGCUCCUUCGUAUGUCGGAACAUUUCAACCAGAAAAUGUCCCUGGACUAAAAACAUUGGUGGUGGUCGGAGAGCCAAUAUCAGCAUCGAUUCGGGAUACCUGGGCCCAUCGAGUUCAGCUCUUAAACGCCUACGGCCAGAGUGAGAGUUCGACUAUAUGCAGCGCUAUACAAGUCAGUCCAUUCUCACUUGAACCGAACAAUGUCGGUCGGGCUAUAGGCGCCCGCUCCUGGAUCAUCGAACCCAACGAUCCUAAUCACCUUGUUCCAAUUGGGUGUGUUGGUGAGUUGGUAAUUGAAAGUCCAGGGAUUGCACGGGAUUAUAUCAUUGCUCUGCCGCCGGAUAAGUCGCCCUUCUUUGUAACGACUCCGGCUUGGUAUCCAACAAAACAGCUAUCCAACAGUUUCAAAUUCUAUAGGACGGGUGAUUUUGCGCGUUACAGCCCUGAUGGCACCGUUAUUUGCCUUGGGCGCAGAGAUUCCCAGGUUAAGAUCCGAGGACAGCGCGUAGAGGUCAGCGAAGUGGAAGCUGGUCUACGACUACAACUACCCGGUGACAUCGUACCAGUGGCUGAAGCUGUCAAACACUCGGAUUCGUCCAAUAGCAAGGUCUUGAUCGCCUUCUUGAUAGGGUCGUCUAUGGGCGGGGAGGAUAGCGUCUACACCACAUCGGGGGUAGACGCCCACAUCUUGGAUCACAGCGCUACCAAAGAAGUCAACGCGAAGUUGCAGCAGCUUCUUCCCCAGCCUUCCAUUCCGUCCUACUAUAUUCGUAUGAGGGAUCUUCCCCGCACUGCCACAGGGAAAACAGACCGGAAAGCUCUUCGAUCUAUCGCCAGCAAGCUACUAGGCGAACUAGGUGAAAAUGCGACAUCUCAGCUGAGUGAGACGUUCGAUUCAUCGGCAGCUAGUAUAGAGGGCAAGCUGAGAGAUCUUUGGUUUCGAGGCUUAAAUAUCGAUCCCGACUCUAAAAAUGUGGGAGCAAGUUUCUUCGAGCUGGGCGGAGAUUCUAUCGCUGCGAUAAAAAUGGUAAAUAUGGCGAGGUUAGCUGGGAUUGCCCUCAAAGUAUCCGAUAUAUUCCAGAACCCUACGCUUGCUGGUCUUGUAGAUGUAAUCCAGCAAGGCUCAGCCCCUUAUAGUCCUAUUCCAACCACAAGGUAUGGCGGGCCUGUGGAACAGUCAUUUGCUCAAGGCCGACUAUGGUUCUUAGACCAACUGGAACUCGGUGCGUCGUGGUAUCUCUUACCAUAUGCCGUACGCAUGCGUGGGCCGCUGUACAUCGAUGCGCUUAUUAUCGCGUUGCGAGCCCUGGAACAACGGCACGAAACCCUGAGGACGACAUUUGAGGAACAGGACGGUGUAGGGGUGCAAAUUGUUCACACGAGCCUAUUUCAGGAAUUGAGGGUGAUUGACAUGCCAGACAACAAGAACGGAGGCUACCUCCAGUUGGUACAGCAAGAUCAGACCACUCCAUUUGAUGUGGCAUCCGAGGCAGGGUGGAGAGUAUCACUGAUACGGCUGGGAGAAGAUGAUCACGUCCUCUCUAUAGUCAUGCAUCACAUCAUCUCUGACGGUUGGUCUACAGACAUCCUACGCCACGAACUAAGCCUGUUCUAUUCGGCCGCUCUCCAGGGGUGUGACCCUCUAUCAGUGGUGAGCCCACUCCCAAUCCACUACCGCGACUUUUCCGCAUGGCAAAAGCAGGAGGAGCAGGUGACUGAACAUCAGCGACAACUUGAGUACUGGACAAAUCAGCUCGCAGACAGCUCUUCGGCCGAAUUCCUAACUGACCUCCCACGUCCAACUAUACUGUCCGGUGAAGCUGGCUUCGUGCCAGUCACCAUCGAUGGCGAGCUGUAUAAGAAGCUCCGAGAAUUCUGCAAAGCGCAUCAAGCUACAUCUUUCGCUGUGUUGCUGGCAGCCUUCCGCGCAGCCCAUUAUCGUCUAACUGGGAAUGAAGACUCUAUCAUCGGCACUCCCAUCGCUAACCGUAACCGACGGGAAUUGGAGAAUAUAAUUGGCUUCUUUGUCAACACCCAGUGUAUGCGAAUCACUGUUGACGGUGAUGAUACAUUUGAAAGCAUUGUGCGGCAAGUUCGGUCGACAGCGACUGCAGCAUUUGAGCAUCAAGAUGUCCCCUUUGAGCGCGUCGUUUCAGCGCUGCUACCCGGCUCGAGAGACUUGUCCCGGAACCCGCUGGCACAGCUCAUGUUUGCCGUUCAUUCUCAAGAUGACCUCGGCAAGUUUGAGUUGGAAGGCCUCGAAGCAGAACCCCUAUUUAACAAGGUAUACACCAGGUUCGACGUAGAGUUUCACCUAUUCCAAGAGGCGAACAGACUAAGCGGCAACUUGGCCUUCGCAGCUGAUCUAUUCAAGCUUGAGAAUAUUCAGAACGUUGUCGCUGUCUUUUUCCAGAUCCUACGUCAAGGCCUCGAUCAGCCCCAGACUCCAGUUGCCGUUCUCCCGCUCACAGAUGGGUUAAUAGAGUUCCGUGAUAUGGGUCUGUUAAAAAUAAAGAGGACCGAAUACCCCCGAGAGUCGAGCGUAGUCGACGUCUUCCUCAAUCAAGUGGCUGCCCACCCGCAUUCUCUCGCUGUCGUUGACUCAUCAUCAAGCCUAACUUACGCUGAGUUGGAUCGUCAGUCUGGUCAGCUCGCGACCUGGCUCCGCCAGCACAAUAUGCCGGCUGAGACACUGGUGGGAGUGUUUGCACCGCGGUCAUGCCAGACAGUUGUUGCCUUCCUUGGCAUCCUGAAGGCGAACCUCGCAUAUCUCCCGCUCGACGUUAAAUCUCCUGCAGCUCGCUUGAAAGCGAUUCUAUCUACACUGCCCGGACGCAAGUUAAUAUUACUCAAUUCUGACACGAUCGCCCCAGAGAUUGGGCUACCCGACGUGGAGACGGCGCGAAUUAGCGACACUUUGGAACUUCGUGAUAUGGAUGAUCUGAAUAGUUGUUCAGAUGUGGCAGCGUCGGGGCCUUUGGCGACAAGUCUUGCAUACGUGAUCUUUACAUCCGGAUCAACUGGCAAUCCUAAAGGCGUUAUGAUUGAGCACCGUAGUGUUGUUCGACUUGCGAAGGACAGCAAUAUUAUAUCCAAAUUCCCACUGGCGGCAAAGGUGGCUCAUAUAUCCAGCAUCGCUUUCGACGCUGCUACUUGGGAGAUCUUUACAGCGCUUCUGAAUGGUGGAACACUGGUCUGUAUUGACUAUAUGACCAUUUUAGACAGCAAAGCAUUCGAGACUGUCUUUACACAAGAACAAGUCAAUGUGGUCCUGCUUACGCCUGCGUUGCUUAAGCAAUGUCUGGCCAAUAUUCCUGCUACAUUGGGCGGACUAGACGUCCUCGUUAUCGGCGGAGAUAGGCUUGAUGGCCAAGAUGCAAUCGCAGCGCAAGCGCUUGUCCGGGCUGGUGUUUAUAACGCUUACGGACCGACUGAGAAUGGGGUUAUCAGUACUGUUUACAACAUCGUUGAAAAUGACACAUUUAUCAACGGAGUUCCCAUUGGUAGGGCCAUCAGCAACUCAGGGGCCUACAUCAUGGAUCCGCACCAACAGCUUGUCACUGCAGGCGUUAUGGGAGAGCUUGUGGUAACCGGAGAUGGGCUCGCUCGGGGAUAUACCGACCCAACAUUGGACGCAGACCGCUUCGUCCAGAUCAACAUUGAUGGCCAGGUGGUAAGAGCAUAUCGAACGGGUGACCGGGCGCGGUACCGGGCAGGGGAUGGCCAGAUCGAAUUCUUCGGACGCACGGACCAGCAGGUCAAAAUUCGAGGUCACCGUAUUGAGCCAGCUGAGGUAGAGCGUGCUAUCCUCAGUCAGGAUGCCGUCCGUGAUGCCAUAGUCGUUAUCCGGGAGCAUGACGGUCAGGAGCCGGAAAUGGUCGGUUUUGUCACAACUCAUGGCGACCUCUCCGCUGAGAAGGAGGAGGCUGGAAGCCAUGUCGAAGGUUGGGAAAAUUUCUUUGAGAGUAAUACCUAUGCCGACAUUAACACCAUCAGCCAAUCUGAUGUUGGCACCGACUUUAAGGGCUGGACAUCCAUGUAUGACGGCAGCGAGAUCGACAAGUCUGAGAUGAGAGAGUGGCUCGACGACACUGUACGCACUCUUCUUGAUGGUCAGGCACCAGGCCAUGUACUCGAGAUAGGUACCGGAAGUGGCAUGAUCUUGUUCAAUCUAGGAGAUGGACUCCGAAGUUACGUCGGUCUUGAGCCAUCCAGGGCGGCGGCUACGUUUGUUAACACCGCGAUAAAUUCCAUCCCGGCUCUUGCUGGAAUGGCCAAAGUACAUGUCGGUACAGCAACAGACAUAGGCCAGCUUAGUGGACUCUAUCCAGACUUGGUAGUGCUUAAUUCGGUCGUCCAGUAUUUCCCUACGUCUGAGUAUCUACUACAGGUUGUGGAUACUCUGGUUCGGAUCCCAGGCAUUAAACGCUUGUUCUUUGGCGACAUUCGAUCUCACGCUACUAAUAAGCAAUUUCUUGCCGCCAGGGCAUUACGUACGUUAGGCGACAAGUUGACUAAAGAUGCGAUGCGACAAAAGAUGGCGGAAAUGGAAGACCGUGAAGAAGAACUGCUUGUUGAUCCGACGUUCUUCACGGCGUUACAAAACCGGUUUCCCAAUCAGAUCAAGCAUGUUGAGAUCCUCCCAAAGAAGAUGCAGUCCACAAACGAGCUCAGUGCGUACCGGUAUGCGGCUGUCGUACACGUUUGUAGCUCAGAAGAGCUUUCACGGCCAGUGUAUUCGAUCAAUAUUAACGACUGGACCGACUUUCAGGCAUCACAUAUGGAUCGUCAUGCUCUUCUCUGCCUCCUGCAGAGUUCAGCAGACUCCUUGACAGUUGCUAUCAGCAAUAUUCCUUAUAGCAAGACGAUUUUAGAGCGGCAUUUAGUUGAGUCUCUGGAUCACGAAGGUCAAGAUAAUGAGCAAAGCUUGUUGGAGGGGGCCGUUUGGGUCUCAGCUGUCCGCUCCAACGCCGAACGCUGCAGCUCCCUCUCGGUGACUGACCUUAUACAGCUUGGCGAAGAGGCAGGCUUUCAUGUAGAGGUCAGCGCGGCGCGACAGUGGUCGCAGAGAGGUGCGCUCGAUGCUGUCUUCCACCAUUUGCCAACUCAAAAGGAGGGCCAUGCUCUGAUCCGGUUCCCGACUGAUAUUGAGGUUCGAGAAUCGGCCACCUUUACAAACCGGCCGCUACAGCGGCUGCAAAGUCGUCGGUUCGUAUCACAGAUCCGUGAGCAGCUGCAGUCCUUGCUCCCAGCGUACAUGAUUCCGUCCCGCAUCAUGGUGAUAGACCAGAUGCCUCUCAAUGCCAAUGGCAAGGUCGACCGGAAAGAGCUUGCCCAAAGGGCCAAAAGAGCAGUUCCAAAAUCUCAAGUGGCACCAGAACAGGCAGUGCCACUCAACGAAAUAGAAGCUAUGCUUUGUGAGGAGUUUGCAGAAGUCUUUGGCAUGGAUGUCGGCACCACCGAUCACUUCUUCAAGCUUGGCGGACACUCCCUCCUGGCUACGAAGCUCACAGCGCGUGUCAGCCGUCGGCUGAGUGCCCGAAUGUCUGUGAAGGAUGUAUUUGACUACCCUGUUAUUGCGGAUCUUGCAGCCGUCAUCCGCCAAGAACUGUCUUUACACAACCCCAUCCCUACAACGCCCAAUAGCAGCCAUGGGGAGCAAGUUGUGUCCGCACGGGUGGCCCCACGAGAUGAAAUAGAAGCCGUACUAUGUAGUGAGUUUUCAGAUGUGCUCGGCAUCGAUGUUGGUAUUACCGACAACUUCUUCGACCUUGGCGGACAUUCUCUUAUGGCUACCAAGCUCGCCUCGCGUAUCGCCCGUCGACUGAAUGCCCCCGUAUCUGUCAAAGAUAUCUUCGAUUAUCCGGUUCCUAUCCGUCUCGCGAGUAACAUUCAACUUGCUCAAUUGGAGAGCUACGAAGAGACAAGCGAUAUGCAAGCGGCUGCCAAUGCUCCAUUCCAGCUCCUUCCUUUGCAAGAUCCGCAAACAUUCAUCCAACGUGAAAUAUGUCCUCAACUUCAAUGUUCCCACGACGCAAUUCUGGAUGUCUAUCCUGCUACUCAAAUGCAGACAUUCUUCCUCUUUGAUCCUGCAACAGGACACCCACGGAAUCCGACGCCGUUUUACAUAGAUUUCCCGACCGGUUCGGAUUGUGCUAGCCUAACUAGGGCCUGUGCAUCUCUAGUCGAGUAUUUCGAUAUUUUCAGGACGGUGUUCUUAGUGGCUGCAGGCGCGCUAUAUCAAGUUGUCCUGAAACAUCUGAAUGUCGAUAUCGAGAUAAUCCAAACCGAGGAGAAUGUCAACAGCGCGACUCGUGCAUUCCUGGACUUGGAUUUACAACAACCUCUCCGCUUAGGACAGCCAUUAAUACGCAUUACUAUUUUGAAGAUGCAGGCAUCAGCAUUGCGAGUGAUAGUUCGAAUGUCUCAUGCCCUGUAUGACGGCUUGAGUUUAGAGCACAUUGUGCGCUCUCUUCACGUUCUGUACAGCGGCGGCAAUCUUCUAGCGCCGCCCAAAUUUGCUCGAUAUAUGCAACAUAUGGCAGACAGUCGUAAAGACGGUUACGAUUUCUGGCGCUCUAUUCUACAAAAUUCGUCGAUGACUGUCGUAAAAAGUAUUCGCAGCAGUGCUCGUCAACAACAAGUUGCACCUGUUGGGAGCUAUCAUGCGUCCAAGGUCAUUGCUGUUCCUCUCCAGGCUAAAACAGACAGUAGCAUCACACAGGCAACGAUUUUUACCACCGCCUGCGCUCUGACGCUGUCGAAAGAAACCGGAUCAAGUGAUGUCGUCUUCGGUCGAAUAGUAUCUGGGCGUCAAGGCUUACCGAUCGCUUGCCAAAGCAUCGUUGGUCCUUGUACUAAUGAGGUACCAGUGCGCGUCCGCAUAGAUGAAGAGGCAAAUCAUAAAGAAUUGCUACGCGAGAUGCAAGAACAGUAUCUAAACAGCUUGCCUUACGAGACUCUAGGGUUCGAAGAGCUCAAGAAAAAUUGCACAGGCUGGUCAGAAGCAACUACAAACUACAGCUGUUGCAUCGCAUACCAGAACUUUGACUACCACCCUGGUAGUGAAAUGGAAGAACAGCGGGUACAGAUAGGGGUUCUGUCACGAGAUUACGAAGCUGGGAAUGACGCACCGAUUCACGAUCUGGUUAUAGCAGGAGAGGCAGAGCCUGAUGGGCCUUACCUGCAUGUCACUGUCGCCGCGAAUAGGCAAGUUUGUGAAGAAAGAAUGGUGAAACGUGUACUCGAAGAUGUUUGCGAAAGGAUUCAGACUUUGAGUUUGGCUAUGUGA